AUGAGGACGAAGCAAGUCGCCGAGCCUAGUAAGCUUGGGGCGCAAGUCUUAUCGACUCGGAAGUCGUCCGCUGCAAAGUACGGACAGAAAAGGACGGAACAGAGCAGGCGAGGCGAAAACCUGAAGGCAGCAGAGCUGGAGGAGCGGGCGGGGGCCGCUAAAUGUAGGAGAGGAGCGGGACGAAGGGAGCACGCAAAAGGUGUCGCCACGAAGGAAGGAAGGGGACGAAGAAGCACUCCACGAGGAGGAGAAAGAAAAGCCGGGCAGGGGAGGAGGAGGAGGUCAGCCUGGCCUGGGAAGGCGGACGUCAAGGUAAGAGAGAGGAAGGGAAAGAAAGGGAAGGGGGCAGGGCAGCGAUCCCUAAGAAACAGCAGAGAGCAAGGGAGGGAGGGAAUUGAAAGUGGGCCGUGCGGUAGAAAUCGGCACUGCUGUAGUUGGGAGAGCGAGGCCGACAGCGGAAAGAAGGAAGGAAGGCGAGGCGAGGGGAAGGGAGGGGAGGGGAGGGAAGAAGGAAGGAAGACAGGCCCGGAGAGGGACGGGAGGUAUCGAAUUGGCCGGUAG